AGGAACUGGAACUGUUUUCGUGAGACUGGACUAUUUGUGGCUUGACUCCCUUUCUGAUACAGAAGUUUCUUUAACACUAUUCUGAACAAUUCUGCAUGUGCAAAAAUAUUCUGUCUGCAUUAUUUUGCUCUGAUAUUGAUUUUGUUGUCUUGGUUCAUACUUGCUGUUCCUCCUUUAUCCUUUCUGUGAUACAUGCUAUUUCUUUUCUUAUCCUUUUAUAUUUUUGGUGCUUGUGCACACCUUUCCUUAAAAUUAAAACCAAUUUUAUAUCUCAUAAUUUCUCUGGUAUCAUUCUUAGUCGCGUUUGAACGGAAAUCUUUCUUGAUGUUAUGCACCUGCUUCACACAGCAUGCAUUAUCAUUUGAGCUUCUCUUUCAUUUUCUAUCUGUUAACCAGCUUUUAUACUAUAUGUCCUUUAUCCAAAACUUACUUCGUCGGAACCUGUUAUAUUUUUAUAAACUACCUGUGGCCAACGAAGGCUAAAAUGUUCCAAUUCCUUUUGAGUUUUUUCUUUCCUACCAUGUGUUAAUUGUAUACUUCUUCCCAUGAAUUCUGCUGGCUUCUUCAGAGUUGACUUGCGAUCUUAUAUAUUACUAAAUAAGAUGCCAAAGGAGAAUGGAAAUGCAGCAGGAGCUCCUAAGCUAGUUGAACCUGAGAAAACAAGUGAUCGCCAAAAGUCUAGUGAUUCUUUUGAAAGGGUGGAUUUUGAUGGAGACCAAAAUAAUGGAGAGUUAAUGGAUGAAGAAGAAAUUGAGUAUGAAGAAGUUGAAGAGGAGGAAGUGGAAGAGGUAGAGGAGGAGUUAACAGAAGAGGAAGAACCAGAAGAAGAAGUAGAAGAAGAGGAGGAAGAGGCUGACAUUGCUGACGGAGGUGAAACUAAAAAAGGCAUUGCCAACGCAUCAAAAGUUGAGAAUGAGGAUGAGAGUCAAAAACACGCUGAACUUCUUGCCCUUCCUCCUCAUGGUUCAGAAGUAUAUAUUGGUGGAAUUUCUCAAGAUACUACAGAGGAAGACUUGAGAUGUUUUUGUGUGUCUAUUGGGGAAGCGGUUGAGGUCCGAAUAAUGAAAGGCAAAGAUUCUGGUGAGAACAAGGGCUUUGCUUUUGUGACCUUUAAAGAUGUUGAGCUUGCAUCUGAAGCCAUUGAAAAGCUGAACAAGGCUGAGUUAAAUGGGAAAAAGAUAAAAUGUUCUCCAUCUCAAGCAAAGAACCGGCUGUUUAUUGGUAAUAUUCCUAAGAGCUGGAGUGAUGAAGAUUUGAAGAAAGCAGUCACAGAAGCUGGGCCCGGUGUUACUUCUGUGCAACUGGUUAAGGACACGAAGAACUCUAAUAACAAUAAGGGAUUUGCCUUUAUAGACUACUAUAAUCAAGCAUGUGCGGAGUACUCAAGGCAGAAAAUGACAAACCCAAAAUUUAAGCUUGAGAAUAACACUCCAACUGUGAGCUGGGCUGAUCCUAAAAAUUCUGACUCCUCAGCUGCUUCACAGGUUAAGGCAGUGUAUGUGAAGAAUCUGCCAAAGGACAUAAAUCAAGAUCAGCUUAAGGAGAUUUUUGAACGUCAUGGGAAGAUCACAAAAGUGGUUCUACCACCAGCAAAGCCUGGAAUGGAGAAUAAUAGAAUUGGUUUUGUGCAUUUCUUUGAUAGGUCUAGCGCUAUGAAAGCGCUGAAAAAUACUGAAAAAUAUGAAAUAGAUGGGAAAGUACUUGAGUGUUCACUUGCAAAGCCACAGGCAGAGCCGAAGUCGGCCGGAGGAUCAAACAUACAAAUGCCUGGCCUGCUUUCAACUUAUCCACCUGCUGCUGGUUUUGGUUUUGGGGGUGGAGCUUAUGGUGCUCUUGGUGGUGGUUUUGGUGCAACUGGUUUUGCACAGCCUAUGGUCUAUGGAGGAGGACCAACCCCUACUGGCAUGGCCAUGAUGCCUAUGCUUCUUCCUGAUGGACGGAUUGGAUAUGUCUUACAACAGCCAGGCGUGCAAACGCGUACCCUUCCGACUCCGAAAGGUGGCGGUAGCAGGAGUGGUAAUAGAAGUGACAGCAGUUCCAACAGGGGGAGACACAGCAAUGAUGGUGGACAAGGGCGUCGUUAUCGUCCCUAUUAAUGGUUUUCGUUCUCGACUUCGUAGAACAUCAUUGUUGUAGUCGAAUUUAACCUUCUAAAUUCAGAACAUGUUUGUCCGACGAAUGCAGAUCCUAUUUUCGUUUUGUGGUUUCUAUGAAGUUGAUAACUGAUCCAAGCUUUAGAAAUUUAAUUAUAACUGCUUCAGAUGGACUCGGGGAAGUGUCUUGGAAAUGCAUCUCUUUCAUUUUUUGUUUUAA